CUGUUCCAGAUUGGUGGAAGUGCCGGAUCGUCCUCGUCACGUGACGAUGAAAGUACCACAGAAACUGCAUCGCUGAUUGCUCCGAAACCAUUGUGUACCUACAGAGGCCAUACUGCCGAUGUGCUGGAUCUGUCCUGGUCACGCAACUACUUCAUCCUCUCAUCUGGUAUGGAUCGCACAGUAAAACUAUGGCAUCUUUCACGUCCCGAAUGCCUCUGUUGCUUUCAGCACAUGGAUUUCGUCACAUGCAUCGCUUUCAUGCCAAAGGACGACCGGUAUUUUCUUUCGGGAUCACUGGAUGGCAAACUUCGGCUGUGGCAUAUUCCGGACAAGAAGGUGGCACUGUGGAAUGAGGUGGAACAGGUGAAAUUCAUCACAGCAAUUGCAUUUGCAAAGAAUGGAAAAUUUGCUGUUGUGGGCACCUAUGAUGGUCGUUGUUUCUUCUUCACAACCGAUCAACUCAAAUAUCACACAGUCAUUGAUGUGCGAUCAACUCGCGGCAAAAAUGCCAGAGGGCACAAGGUUUUCGUUUUUCUCAACUGCACUUUUUAUACACAUUUUUGUUAAAC